CCGUGUCCCCGCUGAGGUGACUGCUCGGCAAUGCGAGUCACGGCUAUCAAGCGAAGUGUCCUCCCACCCCUGUCUGACUGUGCUCCACGGGUUGCUGUGGUCUCCUCAGACAAUUACCUUGAGGGCCGCUCCGCAGUGAGGGAGCGCUGUUGGGUCCCUGCCGUUCUGGAGCGUCUUUGGCACUCUUUUCUGGAGCAUCCCUUUUGGCAAGUCUCCUCUCAUCCCUGCCGUGUGGAUGGGCCCCAGGUGGAGGCCAGUCACUUCUGCUGUGCUUGCAGUGAGACGACAAGAGGCCUUAAGCUGAGACAGGAGAGAUUCUGAAUAGAUAUUAAAAAAUAGUAUCUCUGCUCUCUUAGUCUGAAUAAUUGUGGUGCUCUAAGUUGGUGGCAAAUUUCAAAUGCUUAAAACUACUGUGAGGGCUCACUGAAAUCAAAACAGAUCAUUGCUUGGACUUGUGAACUGGUUCAGCUCUGAAAUUACUUAGAAUUGUAGAAUCCCUAAGGUUGGAAAAGACCUCUGAGAUCAUAGAUCCAGCCAUUAAUCCAGGAGCCCGUGUUCACCACUAAACCAUGUGCCCAAGUGCCACAUCCUCUCAUGUGAACGCUUCAGGGAUGGUGAUUGUCAGUGCCACUCUGCCCAUGGAGAAACUUUUCCUAAUAUCCAACCUAAACAUCUCCUGGCACAACUUGAGGCUGUUUCCUCUGGUCCUGUCACUGGUUACCUGGGAGAAGAGACUGACCCCCACCUGGCUACAACUUCCUUUCAGAGAGAAGAGCAGUGAACAGAUCUUCAGAGGAUUCCAGAUGUGUGCCCUUAUGGAGAGAACAUUCUGCCCCAGCUGCAGCUGUGUGGCUAUAAGGAGGCCUUGUGGAGCAAUGCAGGCGCAGUGCCCCUGCUAUGCUGGCUGAGGGCGAAGGCAUGGCCGCUCCCUCGCUCUGUGCUGCCGCCACGGCGGCCUCUCCGCAGCGCCACAAGGUGCCCGCCUUUGGAGACAGCAAAAGCGCGCACUGCUCCUUCUCAAUCGAGAGCAUUUUGGGGCUGGAGCAGAAAAAAGAUGGCAUUCCAGCUGGGAAACCUCACAGACCCUGGAUGGAUGCGUGCACCAGCUUGGUUCUAGGUGAUGACAGUAAUCCCCAUCUACAAAUCCCUGUUGUUUGCUAUGAAAAUCCAUUAUUUCAUGCUAGAAGUGAUCCAGUGCAAGAGGAAAACGUUUUGAAAUGUGAAAAAUAUUUUUCAGUCACUGAAAGGCUGUCUUUCAAACGAGAAUUGAGCUGGUACCGGGGUAGAAGACCAAGAACUGCAUUCACUAGAAGCCAGAUUGAAGUCUUGGAAAAUGUUUUUAAAAUGAACUCCUACCCCGGCAUUGAUAUUAGAGAAGAGCUAGCUCGCAAAUUAGAUUUAGAUGAAGACAGGAUCCAGAUCUGGUUUCAGAACCGCCGUGCAAAGCUGAAAAGAUCCCACAGAGAAUCUCAGUUUCUGAUGGUGAAAAAUACUUUCACCUCCAGCCUGCUGGAGUAGAAGGAAGGAUGGUUUGCUGUUACAGUACUGCUACAGAAAAUGAAGAAUUGUUCAUAACCUGUAUUAAGUAAUAUGUAAUUAAGUAAUAGUAAUUAUGAUUUUAU